AUGUCUUCUAUUCUGUUGAAUUGUAAUUUUUCUCUUAAUAUUUGUGAUUUCCAGACUUCAGCAAAACUACGCAAGUUAUCUAAACCUCCUUUCGUUAUACCCAACAAAUCAGAACUCGAACUUGCGGAUACUAGUAAUGCCAAUAAUAAUAAUAAUGACGACCAAAACAACGUAAAUAAGAUACGUAAAAAUAAAAAUCUUAUUAAACUUAAAAAGUAUAAAAAGCGUCAAUUAAAGAAAAAAUAUUCACGUAAACAGCUGCAUGCGAGGAAAUUACUACAACAAAAUGAAGGGAAUACUAAAUCAGCGAAUCAUGCUCAAGAAGAGGCUUUAAAUUAUUUACGAAUGUGGCACGAUGAUUAUAACAAUUGGAAGUUUAAAACACUUGAACAGUCUUGGUUGAUUAAAAAUGCAUUAAAUAAAAAGAUGCUUCCUUCCUCAGAAUUUAAAAUGUUCAAAAAUUAUAUUAAAAAAUUAGUUGGACGUGCUAGAGAAGAUUUAUUACGUCGAUGUUCGGAGAUAGUAGAGAAUGACACCGUUACUGAUCCUAAUGAUGAAUCGAAACAAUGUACAAAUGAUACAGAAAUUAACAUGGAAACUUCAGAACAACAAGAUGCUCCUCAACAUCAUCAUCAUCAGGAAUCAGGUCCUAAAUUGUCCAGAACUCGAGCGAGGAAACUACUUGCCAUUCUGUCAAUAAAGUCUGAUUAAUAUAUUUUUAUAGACUGAGAAUUGAUUGUUUUGUCUAUUUUUUCUGAAUUUCUUUUUUUUGGGGGGGGGGGGUUGGAAACCUUUCGGAUACAGACAGAAGCGUAAAGACUAGCCAACAUACUUGAAAAUUAUUACAGAGUAAUACGCGUGCUGGGAAUAUGUGUGCACAAUCACUGUGACCUAUUCACUUACGAAAACAAACGUUAA